UACUUUUGAUUAACAGUAUAUAUUGGAUAAUAUUGUCAUUGAGUAGAAAUUAAGGAAAUAUUUUUAAUAAUAAAAUUUUAUUAAAUAUAACGCCAAAUAAAAAGUCCAUAUGUUUUGAGUGAUGUCUGUGUCUGCAGAGUCCGAGUCCAUCAAAAAACUUCUUACCGAAGCUCUCGAAGCACUCAAACACUCGUACUGUCCGUACAGUCAUUUCCCGGUUGGCGCCGCCGUCCUGACUAUUGACGGACACAUAUAUCGGGGUUGUAAUGUUGAAAAUGCUGCCUAUUCUGGUAGUAUAUGUGCCGAGCGGACAGCCAUAGUAAAGGCCGUAUCCGAUGGUCACAAACAAUUUACGGCAAUAGCCGUAUCGUCGAAAAUGUCAUCACAGCUGAUAGUGCCGUGUGGUCUAUGCAGACAAUUCAUGCGUGAGUUUUCCAGUGAUUUAGCCAUAUAUUUGGUGAGACCCGACGGUACAUACGAGCGGACAUCGCUUGAUGUGUUAUUUCCGAAGUCAUUUGGACCGCAAGAUUUGCAGGAAGGGGUCGAAAAUCUUGUGAUUUAAACAAAAUCUUGUUUUUUAAACUCGUAUUUUUAAAAGUAUUUUAAAUAUAUAUAUAUAUU